AUGCUCUGCAGGCCUAUCCUGCUUUUGUUCACUGCCUUUGGGGGUUUUGCCUCGUGUAUUUCAGCACUGAGCACAACAACUAUCACCACGGAAUCGAUUACCACAUCGUUUGUUUGCGGAAGGUGCACCACUAAUCAACAUGAGACUACCUUAAGCUCAUCUUCAACUACAGCUGUUGAAACGUCGGCCUGUCAUCAAUGUGUUACAAGCCAGUAUGAAAGUUCAUUAAGCUCAAUUUCCACAUCUGUUAGCAGUACAUCCACAAUACCAACAAGUCCCUUGUCCAGUACAACUAUCUCUUCAACCAUAGUAUCAACAUCGUAUGUCUGUGGGAAAUGUACCACUAAUAUCAGUUUCCGCGAGGUCGUCGUUAGCUCAACGAGUGAAACGGUUCCAUCUGCCAAACACUCAAGCAGCACGCCAACAAGCAGUACAUCAGCAAGCGACGAGUCCUCAAGUGCCACGCCUUCAAGUGCCAUGCCUUCAAGUGCCACGCCUUCAAGUGCCAUGCCUUCAAGUGCCACGCCUUCAAGUACCACAACCGCAAGUAGCACGGCCUCAAGCACCACAAUCUCGACUACCACAUCAUCAAGUAGCGCGUCAUCAAGCAGCACAAUCUCGAGUUUCACGAUCUCAAGCACCACUCCAUCAAGCAUUGCUUCAUCAAACGCCACACCCUCGAUUAUCACAAUCUCAAGUGACACAUCUUCCAGUAGCACUCUCUCUAGUGCAUCAUCUUCAGUGGCACGCACAAGCUCAGGUAAUGUGGAAUCAAGCCCUAGUGGGCCCAAGACAACCACAACACUUAAUAAGUCUACUACAACUGAAACAGAAAGCUGUGAUUGCACGACUUACCCUGGUUCUUCUAUCAGUACUACAACAACCCUCGUUUCAACCAUAUCAACUUCAUCUAGCGCUACGACUCAAUCUUCGACUCAAUCAAGUACUACAAGCGGAACCUCGAGCCUCAGCUCUGAAAUGAGUUCCUCAAAAUCUUCAGCCUCUUCUGUUUCCUUGUCUAGCUCGUCAAAGGUUUCUUCGCGAACUGGCUUUUCUUCUACCGAGACGAGUAGGGCCACGACAGUUUCCGAAACGCAGCAUUCAUUGUCGUCUGAGUCCAAUACUCCUACGACUCUUACGUCAAUCCCUGGAUCUUUGAGUACUAGUGCUACUUUUUCGUCCUUUUCUUCUACUGCCUUUUCGAGCGUCUCCACUUCAAGCCCAACAGCCGAAAGCGUAUCAAGCUUGGUCUCUUCCACGCCAAGUGUGGGUUCUCAAACCAGCAGCACCUUGACAAGUAGCACAUCAUUCCCUGGCGUACCCAGCUCCGUGACUUCAAGUGGAAAUGUUCCUAGCAGCUUUUCUGACAUUGGCACUUCAAGCACCAGCGUUUUGACUACAACUUAUUCUACUACUAAUAGUGGGAGUACCUCUAUCACCCUAACCACAGACUCUAGCUUCAGGACCCUCGAGAGCUCCGCCAGCAGCACCCCUGCCAGCAGCACCCCUGCCAGCAGCACCCCUGCCAGCAGCACCCCUGCCAGCAGCACCACUGCCAGCAGCACCACUGCCAGUAGCACUACCGUCACCGUCAGCAGCAGCUUGCCGGGGCUCAAUAUGUCAACUACUCUGUCAAGUUCCACUCUUCUGUCAACCACAAGCCCUGGGCAGCCAAUUAGCACAGCCAGCACAAGCACCGGCCCGCUAACCAUCCCCACAGCCUCGAACAGCCUUCCAGUAUUGCUGGUUUCUACGUCGUGCACCGCGGCGAAUGAUACCAACUGUGCCGUGCCUACGACAGACUCUGCUCCCGCUCCGACUUCAACUUCAACACCCCCCUCGUCCAGCAGUUCUAACGCCUCCAAGUCUGAGGAGGUGCCGUCUUCUGCCGCAUCAUCGAGCUCACCAGCUACCGUGUCGGGGCCCACAAGCUCCCAGAGCUCGGUGCAUACCACCAGCAGCACCUUCGCAUCCUACGCUCCUAAAUCAUUUUCUUUCGGCUCAACUAGCACGCAGCCCUUUCCAACCGCCUCUAGCACUGCCUCCUUACUAUCGUCCUACACAGGCGGUGCGUCGAAGGCCGUUCCCAGAAUAGCUUUUGCCGUUCUUCUUCUGCUGUAA